UAUUAUUUUUGUUUGCGGAUAAAUAGUGUUUAACCGCGGCACCAAUUCAUAGGAUCAUGAAAGCUAGAAGCUACUUUUUUAUUAAUUAAUAUGAUUUUUCAAUCAAGCACACGACGAGUCGUAGUCUGGCCUAUUAUGGACCAACGAUCUUCAUCGAUUUACAUUUCAUUAACAUGAAUCGAUGGUCGCCGACUAUCGAUCCGUUACCAUUGUUAUCAAUACCAUCAAGUGAAUAUCCUCUGCUUUAUUAUUCAUUAUGAUUGAUGGUCUAAGUUUGAAACGCACCAGAUUAAUGACAUUUAUAAUCGAAUUUCGUAUUCUCUUCAAGUUGUGAUCUCGUUGGUUGUACUCGAAAACUCUUUUGAUGACGUCUGACAGUGAAAAUGCUAAUCAACAAAAAACAGGGCUUUUACAUAGUACUGCAGGAGCGUGCAGUGGAGCUAUUACUCGUUUAGUUAGCCAACCAUUAGAUGUCAUAAAAAUUCGAUUUCAGCUUCAAGUGGAACCGUUAUCAAAAAAGUCAAAUAUCUCCAAAUAUCAGUCUUUUUACCAAUCAAUUUGUCUUAUACGUAAAGAAGAAGGAAUUAAAGCAUUAUGGAAAGGUCAUAUUCCAGCACAAUUUUUAUCAAUUACUUAUGGAUUAACUCAAUUUCUAGUGUUUCAAAAAUCUCUGGCUUAUUUAUCGACAAAUAAAAAAAGAUUAAACCAGACAUCUGGUGUUCAUUUCUUGUGUGGCUGUCUAUCUUCAACAACAGCUACUCUAACAUCUUAUCCAUUUGAUGUAAUACGUACUCGUUUAGUUGCUCAAAAAUCUAAUCAGAUAUAUAUAAAUAUGAAAGAUGUGGCCUUAUCAAUAUAUAAGACUGAAGGGUUAUCAGCAUACUAUAGAGGAAUAUCACCUACUAUACUACAAAACUCUCUACAAGGCGGACUAAUUUUUAUGUUCUACAAUUCAUUUUCAAAAUGUAUUUCAACAAAUACUAGUACUAAUAAUACUUUUAACGAUCACUAUCUAAAUAGUGUUAAACAAUUUGGUUCUGGAUUUAUGUCGGGAAUAGUGUCGAAAACACUUGUGUAUCCACUAGACGUAGCAAAAAAACGAUUGCAGUUACAAGAUUUUAUUCAAUUUAGAGAGGGUUUCGGCAAAAAAUUUGUGUGUAGCGGCUUAUUGGACUGUAUUCGUAGUACAGUCAAAGAUGAAACUAUUUUUGGUCUCUUCAAAGGUUUGUCUCCAUCUUUGAUGAAAGCAGGUUUUGUUACAGCGAUGCAUCUAACAUUUUAUGAGCAAAUUUUCAAGGUUUUUCAAACUCUAGUCAACAAUAUUUAGUUAAUAACAUGGUAUAAUUAAUAUGCCAUAACUAAUAGUUAAGUGUUUUACAUUUUCUGUGUUGAAUUAGUUUUUAGAAUUACAAUAAAUAAAAUACCAUAAAAUAAACAA